CGUUUGUUCUACUUUAUUGUCUCCACGUUGUCUGCAACGAUGGGUACACAGGCCGACGCACCCAGGGUCUCGCCUUCGACGCUCACUGCUCUCGAGGAUGCUCUGCUCAACACCGCCGGGAACGUCCCUCUGCACAACCGCUUCAGGGCCCUCUUCACGCUCAAGGCACUGAAGAAUAACGAAGCUGUCAAGAUCAUCUCAAAGGCAUUCUCGGAUGACAGCGCACUCCUGAAGCACGAGCUCGCGUACUGUCUUGGCCAGAUGAAGAACGGCUCUGCGCUUCCCGUGCUUGAGGACGUCCUCUCAAACGAAAGGGAAGAUCCGAUGGUGCGGCACGAGGCCGCUGAAGCCAUGGGCGCGAUCUCCUCGACCUCUUCUAUACCUCUACUCCGAAAGUACCUGUCGGAUUCGAAUCGAAGUGUCAGUGAGACAUGCGAGAUUGCGUUGGCGAAAAUCGAAUGGGACAACUCGGACGAAGGCAGGAAGCAUUGGAGUUCUGCUGCAUCCUCAUCAGAUCAGACAUACACCUCAAUAGACCCCGCACCUCCCUCAUCAAAGCUACUCUCAGGCAAUGCAGCUCCGCAAGAUGCCUCAGAAGAGAACAUCAUCAGCCUACGCGCUGCGCUUCUCGACAAGUCCCGCUCACUAUUCGAACGGUAUCGCGCAAUGUUCGCACUACGCAAUAUCGGCACACCAGCUGCCGUCGACGCGUUAGCAGCUGGCUUCUCUGACGACAGUGCUCUCUUCAAACAUGAGAUUGCAUUCGUCUUCGGUCAACUUCUCUCCACCCAUUCGGUUCCGUCUCUCCUCACCAUCCUCCAAAACCCAAAUGAGUCCGACAUGGUUCGACACGAAGCUGCCGAGGCCCUUGGAGGCAUCGCCACGCCUGAGGUCCUGCCCUAUCUCAAGGAGUGGAUGCAGCGACCGGAUUCGCCGAGGGUCGUCCGUGAGAGCUGUCAGGUCGCGAUUGACAUGUGGGAGUAUGAGAACUCGGGCGAGUUCCAGUACGCCAAUGGCUUGAGUGAUGGCUCCACUGCCGGUGCUGUGGAGGCAGUUGGGGCAUGA